CUCAAUUCACUGCUGAAACUAAACCUAACCAAAUCUCAUCUUAUGAUCUUAUCUCGUCGAGGAUUUUGUGGGAAACCCCCAAACAGGUAGACAGUAAUUGAGAGAGAGAAAGCAAGCCGUCUGGGGAGCUCGGGAUCUGGAGAAAUCAGGGAAGGAAUGGCAGGAAUCCAUGACCUCCCCGAUGUGAUUCUGUCGAACGUGUUCGUUCUGGUUGAAGACACCAGAACCCGCAACUCCAUGUCUUUAGUCUCCCACAGAUGGAUGAUGCUGGAGCGUCAGACUCGCACCUCCCUCACCCUCCGAGGCAACGUUCGCAACCCUUUCUUGAUCCCAGACUGCUUCAAGGCCGUCACCAACCUCGACCUUUCCCUGAUCUCUCCCUGGGGCCAUUCACUCUCCGAUUUCUCCCCUAGUUUUGACCUCCUUGCCCAAAAGCUUUCCCUCUCCUUUCCCUCCGUUGCGUCUCUCACCGUCUACGUCCGCACCCAUAAAACACUUCUCCUCCUCGCCCCUCGCUGGCCUAAUCUCCGCCACGUCAAGCUCGUGCGAUGGCAUCAACGCUGCCACUCCCCUCCCGGCACUGACUUUUUGCCUUUGUUCGACGCUUGCUCUUCUCUUUCUUCCCUUGAUCUUUCCCACUUCUACUGCUGGACCGAAGAUAUCCCUGCUGCCCUCCAAGCUUACCCAUCUGCCGCCAGUUCCCUCACCAGGCUCAAUCUUCUCAGCCUAUCCUUGACCGAGGGAUUCAAGUCUCAGGAGCUUCUCACCAUCUCCAAUGCCUGCCCCAAUCUCACCCAUUUCUUAGCCCCCUGCAUCUUCCACCCCAGGUACAUUGACUUCGUCGGAGACGAGGCGCUGCUCGGUCUAGCUACCCAUUGCCCCCUCCUGAAUGUCCUCCACCUUGCCGACCAUUCCACUCUUGCCAAUGCCAGAGCCAAUCCGGACGAUGAUGGAUUCGCCCAAGAGGAUGCGAGGAUCAGCCGUCCUGCGCUUGAGGACUUGGUCUCUUGCCUUCCCUUGAUACAGGAACUCAACCUCGAUGUCUGCUUCAAUGUCAGAGACGCCGGGCCGGCUUUGGAGUUGCUGGGUUCCAAAUGCCCCGGGCUUAGAUCCCUGAAGGUGGGCCAAUUCCACGGGAUCUGCAAAGCCAUUGGGACCCAGCUCGACGGAAUUGCGCUUUGCGGAGGUGGUCUGGAAGCCUUGUCCAUCAAGAACUCCGCCGACCUUACCGACGCCAGCUUGAUCGCCAUCUCCCGGGGCUGUCCGAGGCUGGCCAAAUUUGAGCUUCAAGGAUGCAAGAACAUCACGGAAACGGGGAUGAAGAGAUUUGUUGGCAUGUUACGCCAGACCCUAGUGGAUGUGAAGAUUACUUGCUGCAAGCACCUUGAUGCGGCGAGUUCGCUGCGAGCCCUGGAGCCUAUCCGGGAUCGAAUAGAGCGACUGCACAUUGAUUGUCUGUGGGACAGCCACCAACAGUGCUCCGGGUUGGGGACCUCCUUUGAACUGGCCCCCCAGGAACACGAUUUUGACCUGAAUAAGCUGGGCGAUGAGGAACCCUGUACGUCAAAUCUCGCUGCAAGUUUCGUGAGUUUCCUCCCGCUUGCAGAAGAAUGUGUCAGCUCAAGUUCCAGUUCCAGCCACAUUUCCAAUCUUGAAGAGACGAGCAAGAAGAAGAAAUGCAGAUACUCCACAGAUGCACACUGCUACGGUUUCCUGACCAAUGGCAGUGGGUUCUGGUGCAAGUCUUGGGAGAGGCUGCGGUACCUCUCCCUCUGGAUUGAAGUUGGUGAGCUGCUUGAACCCUUGUCCACCGCCGGGCUAGAGAGUUGUCCAGUUCUGGAGGAGAUAAAGAUCAGGGUUGAAGGUGAUUGUCGAAUGAAGUCCAAACCCACAGCGUCAGAAUUCGGGCUUAGCUCCCUUGGGCGCUAUCCUGAGCUGAUAAAGAUGCAGCUUGAUUGUAGGGACGUAAUAGGGUACGCACUGACUGCUCCGAGUGGACAAAUGGACUUGAGCCUGUGGGACCGGUUUUACCUGAAUGAGAUUGGGAGCUUGAACCUCAAUGAGCUUGAUUACUGGCCCCCACAAGACAGGGAUGUUAACCAGAGGGGACUCUCUCUUCCUGCGGUUGGAUUGCUUGCGCAGUGUGCCACCUUGAGGAAGCUCUUCAUCCAUGGCACAGCCCAUGAGCACUUCAUGAUGUUUCUUGUUAAUAUGCCAAACCUCAGGGACGUUCAACUCAGAGAGGAUUAUUACCCAGCUCCAGAAAACGAUACCAGUACAGAAAUGCGUGUGGAUUCGUGCAGUCGCUUUGAAGCUGCUUUGAGUAGACGUUGGGUACCUGACUGAGUUUUAAUACCCACUGAUGCUUCUUACAA